AUGACUACACGCCGUGGAAUAUUUUUCAGUUCAAAAUCACGUUCUGUUGAUACAAAUCUAAUACUUACUGAUAAAAAUCCAUCACCAACUAAAAUCGAAUCAUCUGAUAUUAUUAACAAUGAAGAUCCAAGUAGUAGUAGUAGUAGUAAUAGUCAAACAUCACCACCAAAAUCAACAGCGACGAUUGCAACUGGAAUUGUAAAGAAAAAAUUAAUUUUAAAAAGUUCAAAACGAACAUUAACAAAAACAAUUUAUUCAGGACCAAGAAAAAUAUUUAGUACAAGUUAUAAAGCAAAUAGAGCACAAUUAAAUCAUAAAGCUUUUUUUGGUGGUGAAACCGAUGAAUAUAAUUUAGAUCAUAAUGAAAAAACAUCAUCUAUUCAACAAAUAUCAAAAAAUUCGUUAUUUGUUAAAUCGAAAAGUACUGAUAAUAUUCGUACAACAACAACGACAAUUAUUGAAAAUGGAAGAACUAAAGUUGUUUGUCCACGAGAUCAAAAAAAAAUGUAUACAGUUGUACCAAAUAUUCGACAGCCAACAACAUGUGAAGAACUUGGAGAAACUCAAUCUUAUAUUGAUGAUAUGGACUUUUUCUUAGCUGGAUUUCAAGCUGAUAAAUUACUUUCCAGUCGAUGUCUUAGUGCGGUAAAAUUUGCUGAAUUAUGUGCUAAACCAUCAUUUCGUAUGCAUUUACGUACAGAAAGUGCACUUGUACGUGUACUUGAUAUAUUAAAAGAUGCUCCUGAAUUACCAAGCUUAAAUUUAUGUACAGCCUUUAUUUUAUAUGUUCUAUCAUCGGAUACAUUAACCUCAGGAAUAAAUCCUAGUACAGUACGUUUAAUGAUUGAAUUAGUACAGAAAAGUUCAUCGAAAAAUAAUAAUGAUGAUGAAGAAUACAAAAAAAUGAAACAACGUAUCAUGGUGAUUAUAAAUCAAUCAUCACAAGAUGAUAUUUUCUAUGAACAACGAUUGAAUACAUGUGAUAUUAUUCUUGAAACAUUUGUUAAUAUAUCUCGUAAUAAUUUAAAAGAAUGGUUAAGAAAUGAAGCACGUACAUUGAAUGGUUAUGAUAUAAUGAUUGAUUCUAUUAGUUCAAUUGUACAAGAUUUAUCAAAUAAUGAUUUUGAAUGUUAUACAUUAGACCAAAUAUUAAUACGUUAUCGUAAGGUGUGUCGAUAUAUAAAUAUGUUAGAAGAUUUUUGUAGUGAUAAUUCUGAACAAACAUCCUCAUCAUCGAAUAAAGAUAUUAAUCGUAUAUAUAUUGCUCAAUAUAGUCAAUAUUUAUUAUUCCAUUCAUUAUCGAAAUUACUUGAUCUUUCACUUGUUUGGUUUAAACAAUAUUCAUCAACGAAUGAUAAUAAUAGUAAUGAGAAUAAGACAACUACAGCAUCUAGUGUAAAAACAGAUAAUACAGAUGAAAUCAAAACUUCAAAUCCACGCGAUAUAUUUCGUGAUGGAUGUAAGACGAUUAUGUCAAUACUUGUUAUACUUACGAAUGAUUGUGAAGUACAUUGUGAUCAUUUAACAACUGACGAUCGAUUUUUUUCCAAUUUAUUUCGUCUUCUUGUCAGCAUCGAACAAAGUUCAUUAACGAAUGAAGAUAAAUUCGAUGCACUUGCUUUGACUCUUAAUUUACUAAUUAAUCUAGUACAAAAUACAAAACAUGUUUAUAAACAUUUAAUGGAAGAUAAUAUGCCCGGUGGAAGUUCAAAGAAAAUUUAUGAAUAUCUUGCUGAUUUAUUUUGUGAACAAGAAGAUUUAGCAGCUAAAGCUGAAUCACAAGAAGAAAAUGAUUGGAUGAUGGAAGAUGGUGAAGAUGAUUUAGAUCAACGUUUAGGUAUUCAAAAUCCUAAGAAUGCUAAUAAUGAAAAUGGCGCAAAUUUUAAUCGUGCUUUACAAAAAGCAGCUGGACAUAUGGAAAACACAUUUGUUGCUGCGUUUACUGGUGUUGUACUAGGUGUUAUUUUACUACGUGAUUGUGCUACUUAUGCAUCACAAAUUCAAGCAUUAAUGCCACAAAAAAAAUUUGAUACCAUGGCGUUUAUAUUAAAGAAAUUUUUCAUUUUUAUGCAAAUGUCGCAUGCGUUUACACCAUCUGGUGUGAAAAUUCUCGACGAAAUUACAUCUUUGGUCUUAUCAUUAUGUGGAUAA